AUGAAGGAACACGGGAACAAGCAUCCGGCGGAGCCGGCGACGAAGACGCUCAAGUCGCUGCUGAAGAAGCCGGGUCAGACGAAGGCCAAGUCGCAGAAGCACCGCGUGGUGAUCAACGAGAAGCUGAACGAGUUCUUCGCGGCGGACUACAUAAUACUGAUCAAGGAGGAGUGCUGCGCCGAUUACGAGGAGGACUGCGACUGCUGCUACCAGGAGCACGAGUUCAUGCGGCUGGGCAAUUGCAAGGAAUGCCGGGCGGAAUUGAACCUGCACUUCGGCAUCGGCAACGGUAGGUACGGCGGCGAGCUGGAGGAGGAGGAGCGGGAGGACGAGGAAGAAGACGAGGAGAAGAACGGGAAGGUAGAGAGGGUGGUGGUGGCGGCGGCGGCGACGACGACGACGACAACGUCGGUGGAAGGGAAGGACGCGAACGAGCGGGAGGACGCGGAGGACGCCGUGGCGAAAGGACGCCGGCCGAAGGAUUCCCAGGAGGAGAACGGAACCGUGGUUCCGCCACCGCCGCCGCCGCCGCCGCGGCACGAGCAGCAGGAAACGCUCAGCCCGCCGGAGGGUUACAAAGACGUGUGCUCGAACAACGAGAUCCCGGACGAGCCGGAGCAACGUCGUGCGCCGGCCGCGUGCACCGAGUGCAAUUACUACCAGCAACAGGCAGCGGAGUGCGAAUCCCAGGCGAAGGAUCAUGGAAAUGAGCAGAACGCAGCGCAGGAUAGCAAAGAUAGCAGCACGGCGCAAGACGGUUGCCAAAGAAACUUGCAAGAGAGAUUGGAUAAGCAGCAGCAGCAGCACCGGGCGUCUCUUCCCGAUCUGCACCAUCGCUACCUCGUGGAGACAAUAACGAUGACGACCGUGACGGAACGGCGCAUCGUACGGGAAAUUAGCGAGGAGGAGCGGAAGGAUUGCUGCGGGCGAUCCGAUACGGACAAGGAGAGGAACAGCUGCGACGCCGUACCGAAGGAUAACGGUUUUAAUCCGGCCCUUUGUCCGCCGACGAGCGAGCCGGCGACGGUCGUUCACGAGAACGCGUCGAGCGCCGGCGUGCGGUGCAACGAGCCGGUGGACGUCAGAGAGGAUCGUGACGGCGGCGAGGCCAAAAAUCCGGGCGGCGACAAAAGAGAGCCGACGGAAGAAGCGGAACGCGUGAGCGAUCAAACGACGGCGGGCGAGCAGGAGGCGAAAGAGCUGUCGCUCGUGUUCAAGCUCGGCAACGUGUCCCUCGCCAGCAACAGCUUGAAGCCGAACUCCGCGGUGAGACAGCUCUUUCCCAACCCGAAGUUCAUCUCGCCGCCGCCGGCGCCGCACAGCCAGGACGAGGCGCAGAAAUUCCUCAUCACCGCCGAGAGUUUACGGCUGUUCGAGGCGGUGAAGAAGACCCCGGGCGGCUCGUACGAGUCGCCGGAGUGCGAGUCCGGCUCGAUCAAGCGGUCGAUCGAGCGCAACACGCUGCGGCGCAGCCUGAUCGGCAAGUACAGCACGAUCUCGCGCAAGGCGAAGAGCGCGCGGCCGAAGAAUCUGUCGCUGGAGGAGCGCAUCAGGCAGUUAACGUGCGUCGACCAAGAGGAGGAGGGCGUGGACACGACCGACAGCUCGGACAACGCCGGCGCGGACCUGCCGAUACGCACGUCGCCGUUGGGCGAGGAACGGCCUAUGAGCGAGCUGCCGUCGGCGGCCCCGACGGAAACCACUGCCACCCUGACGAUGGUGUCGACGCGAUCGGGCUCCCUGACGGCGGCGACCACCACCGCGGCGACCACCACCGCGGCGAGCGCGACGGUGACGGACAAUCCGCCGAAUCAGUCGACCUACAGGAAAAUCACCGACCUGUUCGCGCACAAGAAGAAUCUGCCGGAUCUCGGGAUCGGCGGCAGGAACCUGCUGGCGAAGGAGUGCCAGUCGAAGAACCCGCUGUCCAAGAUGAACUCGGACGUGCGGAGGCAACUGUUGGCCAGCCUCGCGCCGCUCUCGUGUGUCGCCAUCAGCAGCGCCGACAACCAGGACGACUACUACCGCGGCGAGCCGCCGAGGAUACUGGCGAGUCGCGAGUCGAUCGGCUACAACUCGGACUCGUCCUACAGCUUGGAGGACAUCGAGGCCGUGCUGAACGGCGAGGACGGGAAGUACGCCGGCCAGCCGGACGUGACCAAGUGCACGCCGGUCGGCAGCAGGCCCGACAUCGGCGACAACAGCGCCGACGAGCUGCUCGCCUUCGUCGAGCAGGACAAGCCGAGGAUGGAGCGGAUCAAGCGACGCUACAACGACGCGGAGGAGCGUCACUCCUUCAUCAACGGCUACCACACCGAGGACAAGUCGGUGAACACCGACGGGGCGGAAGAGGACGACGAAGACGACGAGCUGAACGACUACGGCUUCAACCGGCGACCCUCGGUGACGGGCAUCAAGCAGCAGUACGAAGCGAACGAGAGCGUCGGGCAUCGCGCGCGGCCAGCGGUGAACAAUUUCGCGAGGUCCGGCUCGAUGGUAUGGCCGCCGCCGGUCUACGACGUCAACGGCGAGAAGGACGCGGCCGGCGACGGCGACGAGGCGGCGAUCGGCAGCUUCGAGCGCGACACGAACACGAUCAAUCGGAUAAACACGAUGCAGCGGCAGAUCGACGACAUCUACCAGACGAUCGCGGAGAGCACGGCGAACCUAGACGGCGCCGCGAUCCCGCCGCGGCAGUUCAUGCAGCGGCGCAAUCCGGCGGUGACGAUCGCCAAUUACCACUGCAACGUGCAGCUGCCGAGCGGCGCGGUGCCGGUCAACACCAAGUGCUACCGCACCAUGUACUUCGUGCCGUACAGCGGCAUGUCGGACCCGACUUACCAGAACAUACAGCGCAUCCUGCCGCCGCACUCCUCGCCGAACUACGCCAGUCACAUCGAGCGGUACCCGUACCCGCGUCUCGGCAAGACCGCCGGCCAGCAACAGGCGCUCUAUUACACGGCCGGUCGUUCCGCCGCGUCCCCGCCGGUACCGCCGCCGCCGCCGCCNGUGCAUCAUCCCCACCAGCCCGGUGUGGCGUUCUCGCCGCACCACCCCGUGCAGUUCCAUCAUCACCACCACGAGAUGAUGACGUCGUACCGCGUGCCGACGCCGCCCUCCUACACGGUGAUCGCGCCCUCCAGGUGCGUGCCGGCGAGCAAUCAGGACGGCUAUCCGCUGUACCAGGCGCACCUGGGACGCGGCGGGGUAACCGCUGCGGAUGUGCAGACUCAGACGAUCUCUUUGCCGGGCGUCAAGAGCUGCGAGCAGCCGAGCCUGGGGACGUCCUUCGGCGCGAACGGCAGCGUCAGCCCGCUCGCCUGCUCCGCGGCGACGUCCUCGACGGUCGUCUCCUCGGCGACGGUGAUGCAACUGCCGCCGCGAGCCGCCACGUGCGCGCUGACGGAACGCGGCGCGCCCGAGGGUGCGGCCAGCAUGCCCGCCCGGGACUUCCAGCAGUCGGCGGCGCCGCCGCACGUUCUGCUCGUUUCCAACUCCUACGUCGACCCCGGCAGCCUCGUGCCCACGCCGACCAACAGCGCGCCCAACACCGUGUACUACGCCAUGAACGUGUGA